AUUAAUUGUAUCUGUCGGUUCUGUCAAAGUUUAGAGGUUACAAGAAACUUUGAAACUGUUAUCAUUUCCGGGACCAGUGGUCAGUCCGAUUUCCGUACUUUUUAUCACUAAGUCAUACAGUAUUUCUCUGUCCGUUAGAGUAGUUUCUUGUUGUAUAUUACUAAAUAUUAACUCAUUAAAAUGACUUCACUUACCAAAGGUAUAUUUAUUGUAGCAGCCAAAAGAACUCCUUUUGGUACUUAUGGAGGAAAAUUUGUCAAGACAAGUGCUUUGGAACUACAAGAAGUUGCAUCAAAGGCAGCGCUUACCUCUGGCAACAUAAACCCUGAAAUAGUCGACUCUGUAGUCAUCGGAAAUGUUCUAGGGAACACCUCUCCGGACUCCAUUUUUCUUCCUCGCCACGUGUUGCUGAGAUGUGGAAUCGCCAUAGACAAGCCUGCACUUGGUGUGAACCGACUUUGCGGUUCAGGCUUCCAAGCUGUAGUCAAUGGAGCUCAGAAUAUUCUAGUGGGAGACUCCCACGUAGUUUUGACAGGAGGAGUAGACAACAUGAGUCAAGCCCCUCACGCUGUGCGAAACAUAAGGUUUGGAGUGCCACUGGGCUCUUCGCCUGAGCUGGAAGACACCCUUUGGGUGGGACUAACAGACACGUACUGCAAGCUACCGAUGGCUCUUACGGCUGAGAAAUUGGCCGCACAGUUCAACAUCACACGGGCAGAAGUGGACGAGUAUGCACUUCGAUCCCAGACAUUGUGGAAGAAAGCCCACGACGCCGGGGUGUUCAAGUCUGAGUUGGCUCCGGUCACGGUGGUGCAGAAGAAGAAGGAGGUGGUUGUAGACAUGGACGAACACCCCAAGCCGCAGACGACACUAGAGGUGCUCAACAAACUGCCGCUGGUCUUCAAGAAAGACGGAGUGGUGACUGCCGGAACUGCUUCUGGUAUCUGUGACGGUGCCGGAGCCGUUGUGAUCGCUAGUGAGCAGGCUGUGAAGCAACAUAACCUAACUCCGCUGGCUCGUCUGGUUGGCUACUCAGUGGUGGGAGUGGAGCCGAGCAUCAUGGGUAUCGGCCCGGCCCCCGCCAUCACCAAUGUGCUUAAGGCUGCAGGGAAAACUCUAAACGAUGUUGAUCUAGUCGAGAUCAACGAGGCGUUUGGAGCUCAGACCCUGGCUUGCAGGAAGGAGCUCAACUUGGACAUCAACAAGUUGAAUGUCAACGGAGGAGCCAUUGCGCUCGGUCACCCCCUGGCGGCUUCUGGCGCUAGGAUUACUGCUCACCUGGUGCACGAACUCAGGCGGAAGAAGCUCAAGCUGGGAGUGGGCUCGGCUUGUAUCGGCGGAGGUCAGGGUAUUGCUUUGCUCCUGGAAGCUGUCUAAAAAUAUCAUAGCACAUACUGGACAAGACUGAUGAAUUUAUCAUUGUUGUAUCGUUAUAAGCCUUAUUGUUAAGUAUUAAAUGUCAAUGAUAAAAGCUAAGAAAGCACUCUACCUCAGUAAGCCUUCGAGAUAUGUGAGAUGGAUAUUUUGUAGACCUGAAUACUUCUUGCACAACUAAUUGGUGCCUAGUUACUUUUUAAGUACAUCCACUAAGUAAAAAUAUGAUAAAAAGAAAAUCUUUAAGAAAUUUAUAUAUAUACAAAAUUAUUUAAUAGUUACUUAGGCUACAAAAUACCUAUUGGUAGUGAACCAAACACUUACCUCUUAAUAUUUGCGCUAAAUAUUUUUCAAACUUUACGCAGUCCCUAACAUGACAAUUAUUGAUAUUUAAAUAGUUACUAUUCUCUAUGACCUUGGCUAGAGUGCUUUCUUUCUUGUGGUGUCAGAUUGUUAUUUUUAUAUAGAUUUUAUACUUAAGCACAAUUCAAUCAAAAUAUUUAUACAUAUGCAUGACUAUUGAAUUGAUAUUAAAUCAUAUUUUCAUACAAUA